UUCGUGCAGGCGACACGCGGACGGCUCCGGCUCCGGCAGCGCCUGUCAAUGCCGCGCUCCGGUCCACACUUCAAAUGAGGACCAACUUUUGAUAUCUUCCUCCGGGACAGCUGAUUUUACGCGCCGGCAUGGAGUACUGGAGGCAGUGCGCGAUGUGGCUGAUCAGCUGCAACGUUUUACCUGCGACGCACCGCGUGACGGCGGCGGCGGCGCAGGUGUUCGACCUGGCGCAGACGCUGCGGGACGGGGUGCUGCUCUGCCAGCUGCUCAACAACCUGAGAGCAGACACCAUCAACCUGAAGGAGAUCAACCUCCGGCCGCAGAUGUCCCAGUUCCUGUGUUUGAAGAAUAUUCGGACAUUCCUGAAUUGCUGCUGCGAUGUGUUUGGAAUAAAAAAAAGUGACCUAUUUGAUGCCUUCGAUCUCUUUGAUGUUCGAGACUUUGGGAAGGUCAUGGACACCCUCUCCAAGCUCUCCUACACAGCAGUUGCUCAGCAAGCGGGAUUCAAGCCAUUUCCGACAGAGGAGAGCCUGAAGGACGAGGACAUUUACAACAAUCUGGAAGACUUGAUCGAUGAGAAUGUUCCUGAGGACGAGGAUGAGUUGUACGCAGCAGUCUACGGGUUGGAAGACGAUUACACGGGGGGAGAGAUCUAUGAAGACCUCAUGAGGAACGAGCAGCAUCCCCCACUGAAGCAGGCCGAGGUGGACGUCCGGAGCUGCUGCCUCAUAGAAAUCAAACAGACGGAGGAGAGAUACACAGAGACCCUGGAGUCCAUUGAGAAGUAUUUCCUGAAUCCACUGAAGAAGUUCUUCUCUGCAGCUGAAAUAGACAAAGUUUUCAUCAACAUUACAGACCUGGUUAAAGUUCACAAGAGCCUGAUGGUUGAGGUGCAGGAUUCCAUCGCCAACAAAAAUGCUCUCAAUCUUUACCAGAUCUUCAUCAACUACAAAGAGAGGCUGCUCAUCUAUGGCAUUUACUGCAGCCGGGUGGAGAUAGCCAUUGCUGGUUUGGACCGCAUCUGCAAAGAGAAAGAGGAUGUUCGCCUGAAGCUGGAGGAGUGCUCCAAAAGGGCCAACAAUGGGAAGUUCACAUUGAGGGACCUGCUGGUUGUCCCGAUGCAGAGAGUCCUGAAGUACCACCUUCUUCUACAGGAACUAGUCAAACACACUCACGAUGCUGCGGAUAAGAACAACCUGAAGAUUGCCCUUGAUGCCAUGAAAGACCUUGCUCAGUAUGUGAACGAAGUGAAGCGAGAUAACGAGACUCUGAGGGAGAUGGACCAGUACCAGAGGUCCAUUGAAAACCUGAAUCAGCCACUUAUCAGUUUUGGUCGGCCGAAGGGCGACGGAGAGGUGCGCUUAGUCUCUACGGUGGACAAGAGGAAACAAGACAGACACAUAUUUUUAUUUGAUGUGGCAGCUAUUGUCUGCAAGCGAAGAGGAGACAACUAUGAGAUGAAGGAAAUCCUGGAUCUGAAUUACUUCAAGGUCACCAACAACCCCACGUCUGACAGAGAGGGCAAGAAGUGGUGCUACGGCUUCUACGUGACGCACCAGCAGGGGCACACGGGCUUUGAACUCUUCUUCAAGACCAGAGAGCUGAAGAAGAAGUGGCUGGAUCAGUUUGAAAUGGCCAUAUCAAACAUCCGACCGGAGAAGGCCAACCACAACUCCCACCAGUUCAAGAUGCACACGUUUGAAAGGAUCACUUCCUGUAGCUACUGUCACCUUCUGCUCAGGGGCAUCUUUAACCAGGGUUAUCUCUGUCAAAAAUGUGGCGUUGGGGCUCAUAAGGAGUGUCUCGGGCGACUGGGAGUCUGCGGAAGAACAGAUCCUGUCAAAGCGAGGCCCAGGGAAAAUACAAUGCCACCAGACCCAGGUUUACCCAGGAUGGUGGUGGUCAGAGACUAUAGCGGCAUCCCGAAUCCCUCGUGUGGGCUCCCACUAAGCAUUCAUUCAGGGGAUGUCAUUGAGUUGAUGUUUGCUGACCUGCAGAGUUCCUGGUGGCAGGGCAGAAUUCUGGAUACAAGCAAGGUUGGCUUCUUUCCAAGUGACGCUGUGAGGCCUUGCCCAUGUGUCCCAAAACGCGUUGAUUACUCUGGCCAACUAUGGUUUGCAGGGCCUAUGGAGCGAUACCAGGCUGAGGUGGAGCUUCUGGACCGAGAAAACGGCACCUAUCUCAUCCGACACAGGAGUAAAGAGUGUUACGAAUAUGCCAUCAGUAUAAAGUUCAACGAUAAAGUCAAGCACAUUAAGAUUCUGACCAAGGAUGGAGGCUUUUAUAUUGCUGAGAGUCGACUUUUCAAGACUGUGCUGGAGCUGGUGGACUACUACAAACAGCACUCGUUGAAGGAAGGUUUCAGCAGUCUGGACACCACGCUGCAGGUUCCCUACCGGCCUCUGUCCAACGGAAACCUGCCCAGGGCCAUUCCCAGUGAUGGUAGUGUUCCUCCUGGUGGUUGCGGCUUUGUUCCUCCCUCCUCUUCGCCUUUCUGGUCAGUCUUUUCUCCUAGAGUGGUGGGUAUUGCGGUGGCACGCUAUGACUUCAGCUCCAGAGACACCCGGGAGCUCUCUCUGCUGCAGGGAGACAUUAUCAAGAUCUACACCAAGAUGUCUAAUGGAUGGUGGAAGGGGGAGGUCGACGGCAGGGUGGGCUGGUUUCCCGCUACCUACGUGGACGAAGAAGACUGACUGCUUGGCGAAUAAUAUCCAUUCAGUAUCGAUUCAAAGGUAAUAACCUCUGAUGCAGGCCACAUCGCUCUGCCACUCUCUGUACCCUCAGUCAAACCUUCUUGACAGAACUCAGAGACGCAGUCACGAGCGGAGGAGGCAUCAGCUCCCUUAAAUUAAUCUAAAAAGAAAGGAAAAAAAGAGAUUUCCCUGCCCUCUCUCACAGACUCUCACAUGAAGGGGCAGGUGUCAAAUCCGAGAUUUCAUGAGUGUCGUGCCACAUCUUGCCCUUCUGCGGCUCCGUCUGCCCCUGAGGGCCCACCGGAAAAAGGAGCGUGUGCUGCACCUUGAUAGCCCUCCCUUCCUCUGUUCCCGCUCACCUUCUCUUAUUAUUGAUGACUCCAUUGGCUGGUGUAAGACUUUCUCCAAUGUCAUCCUAUUUCGACACCAGGAAGGCUCCGUCACCCAGCUGGAGCGCUGAAUCCUCUGACAGUGCACCACUCAGGUGCUCCAUCAAUAUGAAAUGCAGACGCUGAGAAGCUUUGACUGUGGCUGGAACGCUGAAGCCCCGACGGCUGCUCAGACAUUUGUGUACAGCUUUUUUUUUUUAUUGUUUUUUGUUGUAUUUUUUUUACCACUGGAAAACCUUCAUUUAUUAAAAACCUCAAACCUCCUCAGGAAAAGGAUUGGAAGUUUUCAGUUUAAAAUCUGUCAAUUACGUGUCCUUGACAUUCAGUGUUAAUAACAGUUAGAGCUUGAAGUGGUUCCUUAAAGCAGUGGUUCUCAAACUUUUUUCAGUGAUGUACCCCCUUUUACAGCAGUUACAGUGCUGUGCCAUCAAUGUCUGAUUUAUUAAACCUUAACUAAACAUUGCAUGUAGAAACAAAUAAGAAAAACAGAAAACAAUGAAUAUACAUAAAUAACUAAAAAUGUAU